AGAAAAUAUAAUUAAAUGGAUGACGUGUUUGUAAGGGUCCUUCGGACUUCCGGGUGUGUAUACACAGAUCGAAAACGGAGUCGCCUCGCCCAAAAGAUGUCUAAAGUAACGUUUAAAAUCACUCUGACGUCGGACCCCCGGCUUCCAUACAAAGUACUCAGUGUCCCAGACAGCACACCGUUUACUGCAGUUUUGAAGUUUGCAGCUGAGGAGUUCAAAGUGCCAUCAGCAACCAGUGCAAUAAUAACAAAUGAUGGAAUAGGAAUCAACCCCGCCCAGACAGCAGGCAAUGUGUUUCUUAAACAUGGCUCAGAGCUUCGCAUCAUUCCCAGAGACAGAGUGGGAGGACAAGGAGACUGAUGCUGCUUUUCCUUGUUGACGACAUAAUGACUCACCCGGCAGAAUCAUAUAACACUUGAGACCCAGGAAACACCUCAGCUUGUGCCAUAUUUAUCUUCCGGCCCACAACUGACAGUGACUCGCAAGAGAAUAUGUAUAUUUAAACUUGGCGAUGUGAUGCACACACACUUGCAUGCUCCCUGCUUCUUCACUCUGUUAUGUUGCUCAUUAACAGAUCGGUGUGACAUCGAGAGUUUCCAGAGGUACUGAGUCAUGAAUAUACACAAACACAGCAGAUGCAUUGUGGAAAUGAUUUAGCUAAGGUUAACAAACAGUUGUCGCUUUUGUAUCUUUGUAAAGGUCAAUAAAUCAGUUUAACUAACAACAACA